UCUCUGUUUGUUUACAUUCCGCCGCAAGUCAUGUGUGGGAGCAGUCAGUGGUGGAUGAAAUUGUGACAAAAUUUACCGGAUGGAAGCUCCAGCACCGACGUCGGUCUGUCCUGCCGACGAAGACCGGCGGUUACGAUGCCGACUAUGUUUUCACACCGGGACCAGCUCUCAGUUGGUGGAGGUUUUCUCCAAAAGCCGCGACCUGUCCAAGCGAGUCAUCAGCUCCCUGGGAGUGAAGAUAAAUCGGAGCGAAAAGGGCGUCCGGAUUUGUACGGUUUGUGAAACUAUCGUCGAUAUCAUUCAAAGCUUCCAAGCAGUUUGCAAGCAAACCAAUCAGCUGCACCACGAUCGGCGGAACUUCCUGCUGUACGAAUCGUUUUGGCCCGGCCACGAGCAGGACGCGGUCAAGGUUACGGAAAAGAUGAUUUUGAAUCACCGCUCCCGGGUUGAUAAGACGUUCAGCGACGUUAGCGCCCUCUUACCUAAGGUUGAAGUAGAAACUCAAAACCGACCGAUGGUAGCAAUUGCGGCCGUCGACUUGGAGAAGGGAGACAAUCCGAAAGAACGCGACGAUAGCAUUCCUGCAACGGAAAUGGUUUUGUGUGAGCCAGAAAUUAAAGAGGAACCUGGAGAGGAGGACCACUUUAUGGAAGAGUUUCCCGGGGAGUUGGAUCAAGAGCAGUCGUUUCCUAGCGACGGGGCUGAGAAAGAUUGGAGUGAUUCGGACAGUGAUUUCCGGAUAGAAGAAGUUGAUUCUGUACCGGGGAAUAGCGAAUCAGAGGGCGAAGAAGAAACUUCAAUUUCGAAGCACGUCAAACCGGCCAGAGAUCGCAAAAAGCAAUCAGAUUCUAUCGAUGAAGAGAAAGAUUCAACACCCAAUGUCAAGAAUCCCCCGCGUCGCCGUGGUAGAAAGAAGAAAGCUGACGCUGAAAAAGAGCAAACCGAGAACGACGAUGAUGAGUACGAGCCGAGGGAAAAGGGCAAGCGAGGACCUCGGCGCAAAAAGGUUCGCAAAUCUGACCCAAGCGUUUGCGAAAUUUGCGGCCAAACCGUAGCUUACUUCGUCAAGGAAUCCCACCACAACCAGCAUCUCGGCAUUCGGCCGUACAAGUGUGACUUUGAUGGCUGUGGACGGACGUACUUUUCGCGCAACGAUUUGAGAACGCACAGCAAACGCCACCAGAUAUCGUACCACGUUUGUGAGAUCUGCGGGCGGAACAUCAAGGGCGUGGAGUGGUUCCGGCGGCACGUAAAAACUCACACGGAGGGACCACAAUUUACGUGUGAGGUGUGCGGCAGCAAGUUCCGCCGGAAAGCGCAACUUCAGACGCACAUGGUCACUCAUACGGGCCUUACUCCGCACGAGUGUGGAACCUGUGGGAAACGGUUUGCACUGAAGUACAAUUUGGAAGCGCACGUGAAACGGCACCUGAAAAAGGAAGAAUCAGAACCCGACAGCAAAGAGGACAAGGAAAAGGAGAAAAUUGAAGAAGGUCAGAAGGAAAGCGUUCCUGAAAAGCGAACGUGGAAGUACUAUGUAAAGUCAGAAUCAUCCGGUAAGAAGCACCACCUUACAUGUGACACAUGCGGUGAAUCGAUCCACAAGCGGGAAAUGGAAGGUCACGUGAACAAACACUUGGGGCGGCGACCUUACUCCUGCGAUGUGCCUGGAUGUACGCAAGCCUUUUAUGGGUUGCGAGGAAUUAAGGAACACAAGAUGGUGGUUCACUCGGAUAAGGUCAUUCGGUACGAGUGCAGUAUUUGCAACAGGUCCAUAAAGGGUUCCGGAACGUUCAAACGCCACGUCAUGAUGCACAAUUCGGACAUGAAAGUGUCCUGCCAGCACUGCGGGAAAAAGUUCACCUCCAAGAGCUACCUCAAGGCGCACGAGCUCAAGCACACCGGUGAGCGUCCGUUUGUCUGUGAAGUUUGCGGAAGCUCAUUUGCCAUGAAGGCCUGCUGGAAGAUGCACAUGAAAACGGUACACCAGCCGGGGAAACCACCCAAGAAGGAGCCGAAGCGGCCGCCGCGCAAGCGCAAGGCUGCCGUAAAAAAGGAUUCGGAACCGGCUGCCGUUCAGAAGCAGGUGAUCGUGGAACCACCGGUGGUGCCCCCACAGGCGUCGUGGACCAUCAACAUCCAGACGGCUGAGCAGUACACGCAGUCGCAACAGCGAAAUCAGCAUCAAGUGACGGCGCCGCAGCAACAACAGGUCAUUGUGCAAAUUGUGGAAGCUCCCAGUUAUGCCACGGUGGAAACGGUGCGGACUGAUCAUUCGUACUGACAAGAAGUUUCCGGCCCGCCACUGCUUCAGAAAAAUCAGAUCUGGCCCGCAGGGCCAAAAGGUUAGGUACCCCUGGGCUACACGAUUGCAGUCAUCAUGCAGUUAACAGUUUGAAGAGAUAGCAGGAUAUUUCCACUUCAACGCCAACAUGAAGCCAAAUGGAAUACCGAGCAACGACAUGCUGUUCAAGAUUCGCCUUUAUCUGAAUUUCCUGAAAAUUGAACCUGACCAAAGUAUCGACGAAAUAACGGAGUCAAAACAAGUUGAAAAUUACAGGACGUGCAGGACAGAGUAAAGAGAAAUUACAGUACUUCGAAGUACACAAGGGAAAGGGGGCUGAAGCUCAGCUUGACUCUCGGAGGAGGAAUGAUGUACAAUUGGUUUUCAUAAAACCUGUUGCAACGGGAACCAUUUGACGAAACCAAACGCCGAAUAUCUCUCUGAAAUCGGACUAUAUGCCUAACAAGGUCAAACAGGUCAAACGUUGAUGUACAAAAGACAAACGGUUCGUUGAAGUCCAGCGCAAUGGUAACACAAGAGUAUGUGCGGUGUUAAUUGAAAUGGUUGGGAACAAAAAAUGCUUCUUCCGCAUAUUAAACCACUUACUCGAUGUAAGAAAGGAUCCUGCGAUGUGCAUGUCAUUGUUGUGCAUACCGAAAGGUGAGGUAGGCGAGGGGCGCGACAAUAGUAAGAAAUUAAAUUAUUUAAUUAAUUAACGGCAGAAAUUAAAUACAUUAACGAUUGUUUACGAUCAAAACAUCGCCACCUCUCCUUACACUACAUUGAUUUGACAGUUUGACACCGCGCGUGUUUGUUGUUGUUUUUGGUGCAAAAUUUGCGUCCUCGAAGAGCAGGUCGAGCAACAAAGUGCAAGCGCAGCACAGGCGAACCGGAAAAGUACGCAGCGCCAUCCAGGGUGGUAAACAGGACGUGCUGGACGAUAUCGAAGCUGGCCCAGGCGGAAGAUUUAUUGGAGAAGGCCAUCAUGUGGCACAUUUAGACACACCUGGAUGCUGCGUUUGCUCCUCGACUCCAAUUCUUCCCAUGGGCCACAUAUUUCGGCAAAAAUGGUCCUACGCGGCCCACCAGAAGUUGUUUCCCCUGAUGUUGCGCUAACGUUGCCACCCUCAUCACUGCCGAGUCGUCGACCUCCAUUAGACCCGUGACGACCUCCAUCACCCGGCGGAAAAGCAAUCGCCGGUUGAACGUAAUGAGGACUCUUUCCGGGAACAGAAUGUUGUAUAUUUGUUCACAUCCAGCUUAUGCACCAAAGUCCUUAGCGAUCGGCAAUGUGGCAUUUUUGUUCCAGACCAAGGGGCCGACCU